AUGAGCGUCAAAUCGGUGCUCGGCGAUCUGCAAAUCGUCGUGGAAAAGCACUCGAACGUGCUCCGGAAUAACGCUCUUCCCUUCCGAUUUCUCAUCGUUCUCCGGCUCAUUGGUGAGUUCUUUUUUCUCUUUUUUUGUGUAGGUCUCAAAAUGAAACUAAAUAUAAAAAAUAAGUUGGCCAUCGUGUCUGUUUUCAGGAUUCAUCCUCUCCUACCUUCACUUCGCACGUGUCCUCCUCUGGCUGCAUCCUUAUCAAAUCGCUUCUAUUGAGGUAUCCAGAAGAAUUUUCCAGCGAAAAUUACAAUUCCUUCCAGCUCUGGCGCCUCGGAACGGCUGCUUUCUGUGGUCACAACGUGCUCGACGUCAUCUGGACGGUCUGGUGUCUGCACAUCGGAACCAACCUCGUUCGUCUGAACAACACGAAUGAGUCUCUUCUGAAACUGUACGCCAUCACGCAAGCCAUCACGACUCUCGUGAUCGUCGUGCUCGCCUACGUCACCUACAUCCUCUUCGAUUCGAUCAAGUUGUUCUACAUCGAACCGCUCGUCGGUAUAACUCCCGUCAAUGCGGCCGUCAUGGUGCUCAUGAAACAGGUGAGAACAUUUCCCCCGAAAGGAAGUGCAAACGUUCCAUUUUUCAGUUCCUUCCCGACACAAUUGUACUCGGAACGCCGUUCGGACGUGUCAAAUACACGCAUCUUCCGUUCUUCGCCAUCUGCGUUUCUUUUAUUCUCGCUCUCACCAAAUUCGCCUACUUUGUAAGCUUAUUUUCGAAGCCAGACUCUACACAAAACACAAAAUGCUUCCAGGUAUCGUUUCUGCAAAUCGCUGUCGGAGUCCAAGUCUCGUGGACAUACCUUCGAUUCUAUAAACCGCACGAAACGGAUGAGAUUUACGGGGACGGCAGUGAGCAUUUCACUUGGGCCAGUCUCUUUCCUUCUCGAACCCAGCUCUUUUUCACUCUGAUCGGAAAAGUUUGCUUUCGAACUCUGGCCCGAUUGGGAGUCUGCAAGCGACAAGUUCGCCACGUGGACCUCAAUUCCCUUCAAUCCGUCGCCGUCGGCAUCAACUUGCCCGCCCUUGAGACCUCCGCCAAAGACUCGGAGAGAAAGAGGUAAACAUUAAAAAGAAGUGUUCAGGAAAUACAGGUGUGUUGCAGACAAAAGGCGCUGAAAGAGCUGAACGAGAGGCUGAACAAGACGAAAACGGCAGAAGUGGCGAACUACGGUAAUUGGGACGAGGACGACGAGCCGCCGACUGCAACUGCCGUCACGUCUUCUCCCGCUUCCAACGUGCAUUCUCCGCGAACUGCUGCGGAGACCGAACAGACUUCGAUGGCUUAG